CGAGGUGCCAAAGGUUCUCUAUAAAGUGCCCGGCUCCCGGCCCACGGCCACUCGCCCUCCAGCUUCUGCCCUGCCUGCUGUGUGUGGAGCCGUCCAGCGACCACCAUGGUGAGGCUCGUGCUGCCCAACCCCGGCCUAGACGCCCGGAUCCCGUCCCUGGCUGAGCUGGAGACCAUCGAGCAGGAGGAGGCCAGCUCCCGGCCGAAGUGGGACAACAAGGCACAGUACAUGCUCACCUGCCUGGGCUUCUGCGUGGGCCUCGGCAACGUGUGGCGCUUCCCCUACCUGUGUCAGAGCCACGGAGGAGGAGCCUUCAUGAUCCCGUUCCUCAUCCUGCUGGUCCUGGAGGGCAUCCCCCUGCUGUACCUGGAGUUCGCCAUCGGGCAGCGGCUGCGGCGGGGCAGCCUGGGCGUGUGGAGCUCCAUCCACCCGGCCCUGAAGGGCCUAGGCCUGGCCUCCAUGCUCACGUCCUUCAUGGUGGGACUGUAUUACAACACCAUCAUCUCCUGGAUCAUGUGGUACUUAUUCAACUCCUUCCAGGAGCCUCUGCCCUGGAGCGAGUGCCCGCUCAACGAGAACCAGACAGGGUAUGUGGACGAGUGCGCCAGGAGCUCCCCUGUGGACUACUUCUGGUACCGAGAGACGCUCAACAUCUCCACGUCCAUCAGCGACUCGGGCUCCAUCCAGUGGUGGAUGCUGCUGUGCCUGGCCUGUGCAUGGAGUGUCCUGUACAUGUGCACCAUCCGUGGCAUCGAGACCACUGGGAAGGCCGUGUACAUCACCUCCACGCUGCCCUAUGUCGUCCUGACCAUCUUCCUCAUCCGAGGCCUGACGCUGAAGGGCGCCACCAAUGGCAUCGUCUUCCUCUUCACGCCCAACGUCACGGAGCUGGCCCAGCCGGACACCUGGCUGGAUGCGGGCGCACAGGUCUUCUUCUCCUUCUCCCUGGCCUUCGGGGGCCUCAUCUCCUUCUCCAGCUACAACUCUGUGCACAACAACUGCGAGAAGGACUCGGUGAUCGUGUCCAUCAUCAAUGGCUUCACAUCGGUGUACGUGGCCAUCGUGGUCUACUCCGUCAUUGGGUUCCGCGCCACGCAGCGCUACGACGACUGCUUCAGCACGAACAUCCUGACCCUCAUCAACGGGUUCGACCUGCCUGAAGGCAACGUGACCCAGGAGAACUUUGUGGACAUGCAGCGGCAGUGCAACGCCUCCGACCCCGCGGCCUACGCGCAGCUGGUGUUCCAGACCUGCGACAUCAACUCCUUCCUCUCAGAGGCCGUGGAGGGCACAGGCCUGGCCUUCAUCAUCUUCACCGAGGCCAUCACCAAGAUGCCGUUGUCCCCACUGUGGUCUGUGCUCUUCUUCAUUAUGCUCUUCUGCCUGGGGCUGUCAUCUAUGUUUGGGAAUAUGGAGGGCGUUGUUGUGCCCCUGCAGGACCUCAGAGUCAUCCCCCCGAAGUGGCCCAAGGAGGUGCUCACAGGCCUCAUCUGCCUGGGGACAUUCCUCAUUGGCUUCAUCUUCACACUGAACUCCGGCCAGUACUGGCUCUCCCUGCUGGACAGCUAUGCCGGCUCCAUUCCCCUGCUCAUCAUCGCCUUCUGCGAGAUGUUCUCUGUGGUCUACGUGUACGGUGUGGACAGGUUCAAUAAGGACAUCGAGUUCAUGAUCGGCCACAAGCCCAACAUCUUCUGGCAAGUCACGUGGCGCGUGGUCAGCCCCCUGCUCAUGCUGAUCAUCUUCCUCUUCUUCUUCGUGGUCCAGGUCAGUCAGGAGCUGACCUACAGCAUCUGGGACCCUGGCUACGAGGAAUUUCCCAAAUCCCAGAAGAUCUCCUACCCGAACUGGGUGUAUGUGGUGGUGGUGAUUGUGGCUGGAGUGCCCUCCCUCACCAUCCCUGGCUAUGCCAUCUACAAGCUCAUCAGGAACCACUGCCAGAAGCCAGGGGACCAUCAGGGGCUGGUGAGCACACUGUCCACAGCCUCCAUGAACGGGGACCUGAAGUACUGAGAAGGCCCAUCCCACGGCGUGCCAUACACUGGUGUCAGGGAAGGAGGAACCAGCAAGACCUGUGGGGUGGGGGCCGGGCUGCACCUGCAUGUGUGUAAGCAUGAGUGUAUGCUCAUGUGUGAGUGUGUUGUACACGCAUGUGCCAUGUGUGCAGAUAUGUAACAUGUGUGCAUGUACAUGCAUGGGCACUGUGUGAGUGUGCACGUGUAUGCACACAUAUACAUGUGUGUGGGUGUGUGUAUUGCAUGUGCCAUGUGUGAAGAUGUGUGUCAUGUGUGUGUGCAUGUACAUGUAUGGACAUUGUGUGAGUGUGCAAGUGUGCAUGCAUAUACGUGUGUGCGAUAUUUGUUGCCCGCGUGUGUGCAUGUAUAUAUGGACAUACAUGCCUGUGUUGUGUGUGGUGUGCAUAUGUGUGAACACACACGUGUAUACAUGCAUGCACAUGUGCUUGUACAAUGGGUGUCCACAUGCACGCGUAUAUGUAUACCUGUGAGUGUAUAUACAUGCAUGCAAUUUUGUGUAUGUGUGUUCUAUGUGUGUGUUUGCAUGUAUAUAUGCACAUGUGUAUAUGUACAUGUAUGCCUGUGUGACGUGUGUAUAUGUGAGCAUGUGUACGUGUGUGUAUAUGUGUGUGUUGUGUAUAUGUGUGUCUGUACCUGUUUGUGUAUAUGUGUGUGACGUGUGCUCGUGUGUGUGCAUAUUCAGGCAGGUGUGCAUUUGUGCAUGCCAGUGUGUAUGUAUGUGUGCAUAUGGACACGCAUGGACAUGCAUAUGGACACAUAUGGACACGCAUAUGGACACGUGUGGAUAUGUGCGCGUACACGUCGCUGGGACACAUGCCUGCCACUCGGGGCCCAGCUGCCCUCUGUGUUUGUCCUUGCCACAGUCACGGGGUGCAUGUGCAGAGGGGAGCAGACCACUGGGGAUGUGCUGCGCCCUGCACGUGCCCAGGGGAAGCGGAAGCUGCAGCCGGGGUGGGGGCAGCACCUCUAUGCUUCAUCUCUGUGGGUGGCAGGAGACAAAAGCACAGGUUACCAUCUUGGCUCCCGGGAGCGACUCUUGCUGCCCACCCCCACCCAUCCCCUUCCCCUUGGUGUUGACCUUUGACCUGGGGGUUCCCAGAGCCCUGUAGCCCUCGACCCGGAGCAGCCUCUCGGAAGCCAGAGUGGGCAGUCGCUGGCGAUUCUGAGAAAACUUGGCCGCAUCCACCGGGGCCCUGCCUCCAGUCGGCCCCUGCCGAGUCUCUGCGUUCUGGCCGCCUCCCGGCUUAAUGAAUGCCAGCCAUUUAAUCAUUGCUCCUUCCACCACAAAUAGAUGAGCAGUUAAAUAAAACUCAACUUGGCAUAAUUCAAGGCAAAUACCACUCUGUGCAUUUUCUUAAGAGGACACGAGCUGUGUGAAUUUUUAGCCAGCCUUUGGAAAAGAUGGGUUACAGGGUAACUCAACCCUGGCUGCCAUCCUUGGGCACUCUGUGUGUCCAGGGCACCUUGGAGGACCAUGCAUCCCCCAGAAGCCUCCAGCUCCCGCACCACUCAGUGAAGCCCAGCCUGGCGCCUGCCCUGCCCCCGUCACAGGAUGGGCCCCCAUUGGGGUUCAACAUUCCAUCGCAGCCAAAGGCAGUCGGCACUUGGGACAUCUGCUUCAACGGAGAGGUCACCUCUGCUUUGCACGGAAGAAUCUGGAUGCUUACAUUAAACUGAUGUUCUGAGAGUUCCUACGGACAGGUCACCUCUGCUUUCCAUGGAAGAAUCUGGAUGCUUACAUUAAACUGAUGUUCUGAGAGUUCCUACAGGCAGGACUGAAAGCCUGGUGUGUGCCGGUAUGAUGUUCCACCCACAGAAACCUGGUCACAAUCGUCCCUUCCAGCACCCCGUCCAGCAGUGACAGCACACACUGAGUCCUCCUACCAGCCUCUUCCACCCCUGCUGACUGUCACUGGGCCCUGGGAUGUGCAAGACUCCACAGCAGCAGAGGUGGGGGGAAACAUCACAGCCUCUGCCCCCGGCUGUGAUGCCACCGAGGGGCUCGCCUGCUGAUGGCUUCAACAGGGUCUCACCUCAUCUUUUCCUGCUCUUUGGCCCUAGAUGGAGAAAAUUCCCAUCAGUGCCCCAUUAAUAUACUGCCCUGUGGCAUCUGCCCAGGAGGCCCUGCCAGGCGUGCACAGGUGUGCAUUGGUGUACCCUGGCAUGCACAGGUGUGCACUGGUGUGCCCUGGCAUCCAUUGGUGUACCCUGGCGUGCACAGGUGUGCACUGGUGUGCCCUGGCAUCCAUUGGUGUACCCUGGUGUGCCUGCCAUAGGACCCUGGGCGGGAGCUCCCAUCUCAUCUACAUCUCCUGAUUCAUGCGUUGUUUCAUAGGUUUCAAUGUCUCUGUAAAUGUGGUAGAAAUGCAGGCUUUAUGGGCAUAAAGUGUACGUUUCUAAAUAAAUCCCUUCUAUUUAGUAUGCUCA